AUGUCCCUCAAGCUGCCACGGAACUGGGAUUUCAACCUGAAGAUGGAUGCUGCAAAAAUAGCUCAUCCCUCUCUUCCCUCGCAGGUGAUGAGCGUGGAGUCUGCGGGCGCCCGGCCGGGCUCUCCCAACCCGCUGGAGCGGCCCCUGAAGAUCGGCUGGCUGAAAAAGCAGCGCUCCAUCGUCAAGAACUGGCAGCAGCGGUACUUCGUGCUCAAGGGCCAGCAGCUGUACUACUACAAGGACGAGGACGAUGCCAAGCCACAGGGCUGCCUGUCUCUUCAGGGAAGCACCAUCAAGGAGGUGGUCAGCAACCUGGAGGAAGGAGGAAAAUUUAUCUUCGAAAUCAUCCCAGGGGUCUCUGGAGACCAGAACCGGGCAGGACAGGACACCUGCGUGCUCAUGGCUAAUUCCCAGUCGGAGAUGGAGGAAUGGGUUAAAUCCAUCCGGCGGGUGCUGGGGUCAGCGUCAGGAGCGGUGUUCGGCCAGCGCCUGUCAGAGACCAUGGCCUAUGAACAGAAAUUCGGGCAGCACCAGGUGCCCAUCCUGGUGCAGAAGUGUGCCGAGUUCAUCCGGGAGCAUGGCGUGAGUGAGGAGGGCAUCUUCCGUCUCCCUGGCCAAGACAAUCUGGUGAAACAGCUCAGGGACGCGUUCGAUGCCGGGGAAAGGCCGUCGUUUGACCGGGAUACAGAUGUGCACACCGUGGCCUCUCUGCUCAAACUCUACCUGCGGGAGCUACCCGAGCCCGUCGUGCCCUGGAUGCAGUACGAGGAUUUCCUGCUCUGCGGUCAGGCACUGGAUGCGGAUGACAGAAAGGGCCAUCAGGAGCUCCUGAAGCAACUGUCCCUCCUUCCCAGAGACAACUACAACCUCCUCAGCUAUAUCUGCAGGUUUCUACACGAAAUACAGUUGAACUCUAGUGUCAACAAGAUGAGUGUGGAUAACCUGGCAACAGUGAUCGGCGUGAACCUCAUCAGACCUCAGAGAGAGGAUCCUGCAAUUAUUAUGAGAGGCACGCCACGGAUCCAGAAAGUGAUGACUGUGAUGAUAAGUGACCACGCAGAGCUCUUUCCCCCGUCCAAGGAUGUGCCACCCUCCCCACCCACCCAAAAAAACGACAAGAAAUCUCCCGUCCCGCGCAGCUCCGUGGGCUGGGACGCUGCAGAGGAUUCUGUGGUGCCUAGGGCGGAGAGCUUGAGCCAAAGGCAAAUGAGGGACGACGUGAAUUCCAGCAGUGCCCUCCGACCGGCUGCGAGCUCACGCGUGCCCAAAGAAGAUAACCAGUCCAAAGAUACACUGGGAAUGUGGAAAACGCAGUCAAGGAAAAGAACUCAGACUUUACCUAACAAGAAAUCUUUCCUGACGGCUCCUGUGCCGGGGGAGAAAGGCAGCGAUGGCAAGAACAACGUACUUGCCAGUGACUUUUGGAAAAGCUCCCCUGGGAGCAGCGUGCGCUCCGUAGUUCCUGACGGGCAUAAGAGAACGUUAUCUCAUGACCUUUUUAAGCUGCUCGACCUUCACCGGGCUUCGACCUACGACAACGUUCCCGCCUCCCAGGGAGAAAGUGCGGAAGGCGGCAGCUCCAGCCCCAGCCCUUCGAGCAGCGGCUCCGAUAAGGAAUUUCUACCCUGCCCCAGUCCCAGCCAUCAGCCACAGGAAACGGCCAGUCCCACCAGCAGCCCUGCCGAGGUCUCCAAGCCUGAUCAGGAGAGCAGGGAGUUCCUGCAAAGCAUGAUCCUGAAGCUGGAAAGAGAAAUAGAGGUGCAGAAAAAUAACCACGAGGAGCAAAUGAAAAGUCUCGAGAAGGAAAACUAUGAAGUCUGGGCCAAAGUGGUGAGGCUGAAUCAGGACAUUGAGAAGGAGAAGAAGAAGUCUGAGGAACUGGAGCUGAAGCUGAGGAGCGUGGAGCGCGCACGGGAGGAUGUGGAGAAGAAGAACAAGAUGCUUGAGGAGGAGAUAAAAAAAUUAGUUAAAUCCACAAGCAAAACUGAUGCCAAAACCAACUAG